AGCUUCGAUGGAGGACCACAUGACGGGGCACAACAAGGAGAAGCGUUAUGAGUGCGACGUGUGUGGCAAGGCCUGUCGGAGCCCGAGCGAGCUGGAGACCCAUCGGCGGGUGCAUACGGGAGAACACCCCUUCAACUGCUCAGAGUGCGGCAAGAGUUUCAAGACGGCGAAUGUCCUGGAGACCCACCGGCGGGUGCACACGGGCGAGAGGCCCUAUGGCUGCUCCACAUGCGGCAAGAGCUUUGCCCAGUUGUCGGCGUUGUGGGAGCACCAGCGGGUGCACAGCAGUGAGCGGCCCUUCACCUGCCCCGACUGCGGCAAAGGCUUCAAGUUGCCCAACAUCCUGCUGAGGCACCAGCGCACCCACACCGGCGAGCGCCCCUACACCUGCGCCCAAUGCGGCAAGGGCUUCACCCGGUCCAGCAGCCUGCAGGUGCACCAGCGCACCCACACUGGCGAGCGCCCCUACACCUGCGCCCAGUGCGGCAAGGGCUUCACCCGCUCCACCCGGCUGCUGUCCCACCAGCGCUCCCACACCGGCGAGCGCCCCUACACCUGUGCCCAGUGCGGCAAGGGCUUCACCCACUCCAGCAGCCUGCAGGUGCACCAGCGCACCCACACUGGCGAGCGCCCCUACACGUGCGCCCAGUGCGGCAAGGGCUUCACCCGCUCUGACUGCCUGCUGGUGCACCAGCGCACCCACACCCGCGUGCGCCCCUACACCUGUGCCCAGUGCGGCAAGGGCUUCACCCGCUCUGACAACCUGUUGAUGCACCAGCGCACCCACACCGGCGAGCGCCCCUUCACCUGCGGCCAGUGCGGCAAGGGCUUCACCCACUCCAGCAGCCUGCUGGUGCACCAGCGCACCCACACCGGCGAGCGCCCCUUCACCUGCGGCCAGUGCGGCAAGGGCUUCACCCACUCCAGGAGCCUGAUGAAGCACCAGCGCACCCACACUGGCAAGCGCCCCUACACCUGCACCCAGUGCGGCAAGGGCUUCAUCCAGUCUACUCAGCUACUGAUGCACCAGCGCACCCACACCGGCGAGCACCCCUACACCUGCACCCUGUGCGGCAAGGGCUUCACCUGGCCCUCUAACCUGCUGAUGCACCAGCGCACCCACACCGGCGAGCGCCCCUUCACCUGCGCCCAGUGCGGCAAGGGCUUCACCUGCCCCUCUAACCUGCUGAUGCACCAGCGCACCCACACUGGCGAGCGCCCCUUCACCUGCGCCCAGUGCGGCAAGGGCUUCACCAACUCUGGCACCCUGCAGGUGCACCGGCGCACCCACACCGGCGAGCGCCCCUACACCUGCACCCAGUGCGGCAAGGGCUUCGGCCAGCGCCCCUUCAACUGCCCGCUCUGUGGCAAGCCCUUUGCCCGCUCCUCCAGCCUGGUGGCACACAUGACGGGGCACAACAUGGAGAAGCGUUAUGAGUGCGGCGUGUGUGGCAAGGCCUGCCGGAGCCCGAGCGAGCUGGAGACCCACCGGCGGGUGCACACGGGGGAACGCCCCUUUGACUGCACGGACUGCGGCCAGAGCUUCAAGACGGCGAUGGCCCUGAAGAGACACCGGCGGAUGCACACGGGCGAGAGGCCCUAUGGCUGCUCCACAUGCGGCAAGAGCUUUACCCAGUUGUCGGUGCUGUGUGAGCACCAGCGGGUGCACAGCAGUGAGCGGCCCUUCACCUGCCCCGACUGCAGCAAAGCCUUCAAGUCGCCCAAGGACCUGAAGAUGCACAGGCGCCUGCACACUGGGGAGCGGCCCUUCACCUGCGCCCAGUGCGGCAAGGGCUUCACCAAGUCCAGCAACCUGCUGGAGCAUCAGCGCACCCACACCGGCGAGCGGCCCUACACCUGCGCCCAGUGCGGCAAGGGCUUCACCAAGUCCAGCAGCCUGCUGACACACCAGCGCACCCACACCGGCGAGCGGCCCUACACCUGCGCCCAGUGCGGCAAGGCCUUCACCCACUCCAGCAACCUGCUGAAGCACCAGCGCACCCACACCGGCGAGCGCCCCUACACCUGCGCCCACUGCGGCAAGGGCUUCACCGAAUAUGGCAAUCUGCUGAAGCACCAGCGCACCCACACCGGCGAGCGCCCCUACACCUGCACCCAGUGCGGCAAGGGCUUCACCAACUCCAGCAGCCUGCUGAAGCACCAGCGCACCCACACCGGCGAGCACCCCUACACCUGUGCCCAGUGCGGCAAGGGCUUCACUCAAUACGGCAAUCUGCUGAAGCACCAGCGCACCCACACCGGCGAGCGGCCCUUCAUAUGCGCCCAGUGCGGCAAGGGCUUCACCCAGUCCAACACCCUGCUGAAGCACCAGCGCACCCACACCGGCGAGCGCCCCUACACCUGUGCCCAGUGCGGCAAGGGCUUCACCCAAUACGGCAAUCUGCUGAAGCACCAGCGCACCCACACCGGCGAGCGGCCCUUCACCUGCGCCCAGUGCGGCAAGGGCUUCACCCAGUCCAACACCCUGCUGAAGCACCAGCGCACCCACACCGGUGAACGCCCCUACACUUGCGCCCAGUGCGGAAAGGGCUUCACCCGCUCUGACUGCCUGCAGCAGCACCAGCGCACCCACACCGGCGAGCGCCCCUACACCUGCGCCCAGUGCGGCAAGAGCUUCACCCAGCCCAGCGGCCUGCUGGUGCACCAGCGCACCCACACCGGCGAGCGCCCCUACACCUGCGCCCAGUGCGGCAAGGGCUUCACCCGCUCCUCCAGGCUGCUGUCCCACCAGCGGGUUCACGCCGGCGACCGUCCCGUCCCCAGCCCGGUGCGUGGAGAGGGCUCUGCCAUGGACUCCCACGCCCUGUCUCACCAGCACGUGCACACCUGUGGCCCGCCCAUACUGCGGUGA